AUGGCAGCUGAAAAUGGAGACUCAAAGCUCUUCGAGCAGUGUUGCUUCUGUAUUGUAUGCUCCAAGGAUCUUUCGAACGAAUCCGCAGAACAGCUAGCCACUCUAAUCGAGCAAAAUGGCGGCGAGCCUCUGAUUGUCCAACCCGGUGCCGAGGUCCCCGAUGUGGCCAAGUUCAGCCAUAUGAUCUCUACAACUAUUGACUUCCAAGCAUACGGUACUGCCUGCGAUGCGUUGAUCCCAGUGGUGAAGCCACAGUGGGUGAAUAACUCAUUGACGAAGCGGAAACUGGCCAACCCCCGCCAAUACAGCCCAGACCCGCGUCUGUUCAUGAACGAUGUGGUGGUUACCUGCGGCGACAUACCCGAAGGAGACAAGGAUGCAAUCAUAGGGGGUGUAGUUGCGAAGGGUGGAUUGUAUUCUCCAAGAAUUUCUCAACAGGUUACACAUUUGGUGGACCUCACGGCCGACUCCGACAAGGCGCGCAUUUUGCAGGCGAAGAGAUUAAACGUGAAGAUUGUACUACCACACUGGUUUGACGACUGCCUUAAACUUGGUCGACGAAUCGACGAACGUCCAUAUACACUUCCAGACCCAGAGAUUUUGCGCGCGGGUCCUGAUACUCCAAUCCGAUGGCAAGAUAAUAAGGACUUGGUCGGUGCGUCGACAACAAAUCCUUCUAAGUUGCCUACGCCUAGUUCGGCGCAUCAAUCAGGCCAACGCAGUGUCUUUGAAAGAAAAUCCAUUAUGUUGUCUCCGGAUCUUGCAAUCGGCUCCCACUUGCAGGAGUCAAUCCAAGCCGUCCUCGAACAAGGCGGUGCCAAAGUGACAUCAAAUAUUGAUGUAGCAGACAUGUUAAUUUGUCGUUACCGGGAAGGAUUUUCAUACCGCACGGCAUCGCGACUGAACAUCGACGUUGGGAAUCUCGCAUGGCUCUACCACCUCAUGACCUUCAACACAUAUACUUCACCCCUCAGACGACUACUACACUACCCGGUCUCUCGCACUGGAAUCCCUGGAUUUGAGGGUUUGAAAAUCAGUUUGUCCAAUUAUGUUGGCGAAGCAAGAAUUUACUUGGAGAAUUUGAUCGCAGCAGCAGGUGCAGAAUGUACCAAAACUUUAAAGCAAGAGAACACCCAUCUGAUCACGGCACACGGAAUGAGUGAGAAAUGCAAUGCCGCGAAGGAAUGGGGCCUCGAAGUUGUCAACCACUUGUGGCUGGAGGACAGUUAUGCAAAAUGGAAGCUCCAGCCGGCAUCAAACCGGCGCUACAGCCACUUCCCUCUGCGAACCAAUCUCGGAGAAGUCGCAGGCCAGACGCCGCUCGACCGCCAUGUUUUGGAGCAGGUAUUUUUCUCGUCCGAGGAGAAUAUUGCUCAUAGCCCACGGCGCGCAAUGCAGAGCAAGAACCAAAAUAUGGUUUCAAUACAGCCUCCCGCUGAGAAGAAAAGGAAGAUUGAUGAGGAUGCCCCGGAAACUUCGCUUGGGACUCCGCAGGGUAAUGGGAAGUCACGCCGACCUAUUCAAACACCCGCACGAACUCGAGUCAUGUCCGAAGGCAAAGAAAAUGAGACACCAUCGUCGACCAGUAGCCGCAAGUCAAAAGAGGCGGCAGCUGCCCGGCUUCAUGAGUAUGUCCCGGACCUUGCGUUGUACGAAAAGGAAAGGAAACGCGUGGGGGGUGUUAUCUACGGUGGCAGGCGAAAGUCAGAUGAAGGCCGGGUUCAGGAGAACAAAAAGCGUGCCUCACCUGAAGCUGAGGAUGAGAGCGAUGGCGAGCAAGCAGUGGAGACUAAACGACAGAAAAAGUCACGGCCACCAAUUGCUAUGCACCUCUUGAUUACUGGAUAUCAGAGAUGGGUUGGUAAGGGAAACGAGAAGAAAGAAGAUGCAGACAAGCGAGGGCUUCGAGAUCUCGGUAUCAUGGUGGUCCAAGAUGCCCGACGAUGCACUCAUUUGGCCGCACCGUCGAUCUUGCGAACUACCAAAUUCGUUAAUGCACUCGCGUAUGCGCCGAUGAUCCUUAGCACAAAGUUCAUUGACAGUUGCCUAAAGGAGGAGAAACUGCUUGACCCUUCCGAUUUCCCUCUAGAGGAUAAAGAAGCCGAGAAGAAGUACAGUUUUGACCUGUCUUCUGUCACAAAAAACGCAAAGAAGAACAAGAAUAAAAUGCUGCAAGGCUAUCGCAUCUACUGCGUCGAGGACAUUCGAGGCGGAUUUGAUGCCUUCAAAUCUAUUGUUGAAACAAACGGAGGAGAGUGCAUGCUUUACCGUGGCCGUCUGGCUAUAAAGAACCAUUCUCGGCGGGAGGAGAGCGACGAGGAAAGCGAAUCGGAAGAUGGAAGCCCUGUCCGCAAGGAUGUCUUCCUCCUCAGCAGUACUGGAGCUAAUCACGCUCGAGUCUGGCCUCGAUUCCGCCAACUGGCGGUCGAUAUCAAGAAAACUCCACGGAUUGUCCGGGUUGACUGGCUCCUGGACAUGGCCAUGUCGCAGCAGACACGUGCUGCCGACGAAUACGAGCUGACCGAUGAGAUGAUCGAGACAAUGGACCAGUAG